AUAUUCUUAGUAGUGAUGAUUCUCUGCGAUCACAUAUUCUAUGAGUGGCUUGACACAUCGAGUGGGCCCGAGGUGCCCGUUUUGGCCGUGUACCCUGUCUUCAAAAAGGAACCUCGAGUAAUAAAUGGUGGCGGACCAGGUUUCAACUUGGACUUAAUAAAGUAUCAAAACAUGCAUUAUCAGCCACCGACAACCAACAUUCUAGAACCCGAUCUCACCACGACAGAGAAUUCGUCCGCGUUCUGCAAAUUACCAAAUAAUUUAGGUCCAAUCAACGUUGACAUGACAAAAGUGGAACUGGCAUGGGUGGAGACCUUGUAUCCGCAGGUGGAACGAGGCGGGAUGUACACACCGAGCAACUGCAUUCCCAAACAUAAAGUUUGCAUUAUUGUGUCAUACAGGGAUCGCGAAGAACAUUUAGCUAUCUUCCUUCGUCAUAUUCAUCCUUUUUUAAUGAAUCAGAAAUUAGAAUAUUCAAUUUAUGUCGUGGAACAAACAGACAAUAAAGAGUUCAAUAAAGGUAUGUUAUACAACGCAGCGUUUUUGGAGACUCAGGUUAUGAAACCCGAUGGAUGCGAUUGCUUGAUCUUCCAAGAUGUGGAUCUUCUGCCGCUGGACUCUAGGAACAUAUAUUCUUGUCCUAAGCAGCCUAGGCAUAUGUCUGUUGUCAUUAAUUCACGAUACAGGUUUAUUUACGAUGACAAUAAUUUCGGAGGUGUAUCAGCGAUAAAAUACGAACAGUUCGUAGAUAUUAAUGGUUACUCCAAUCAGUAUUGGGGUUGGGGUGGGGAGGACGACGACAUAUCUAUACGGUUAAGACACAAAGGCUACUUUAUAUCGCGAUAUUCAAAGUCUAUAGCUCGGUACAUAAUGCUACCACAUGUGAAGAGGAAACCUGUUCUUGCUAAGUUGGAUAUAUUUUAUUUUAACACCGCAACCCGUGCUCGUCUCAAACACACAAUAGCUAACUACCCUCAUGACGGGUUGAAUAACAUCCAGUAUCACUUGGUUGGCACAAUGGAGAAUAAUCUCUACACUUUAAUACAAAUUGAUGUUGACAAAUAUCUACACCAGAUGGAGUUAUCGCCCCAAAAUAAAAUUAAUUCAAAUGAGAGCACGAAGUACAGAAACAAGAGAGUUAUAUGACAAUAUAAAAAUAGAAUAGAUAACACCAAUAUACUGCGAUUUUUGUUUCUGAAUUAUCAAUAUCAUUUUUUAAUAUUACAAAAAAAAUUACAAAUCACAUGGUUCAGUGCUCAUACUCGUCAAAAAUCACGCCUCUAACUGAUCCCGGUACAAACGUGCCCGUCAUGCUAGCCGCAUUUACUCGCAUACAGCAUGGACAAUCUUUGGGCCAAGAACAACCGGCGCGGGAGUCAUCUCCACUCUCUCUUAGCCGGCCAUCGAUUUCCGCUACAAACUUUUUGUAUCGCUACCCCAACAACCCGCCGCCGUCUCAACAGCGAGCUAAACGAAAAUGUAGCGAUUUACCAAAUUACGAUAUUAGUUUUGUUUCUUGCGAGCAGCGGUCUCAGCAGCUGCACCAGCGGAAGUCACUGUGCCACUGAGAUGCGAAGCUGCAAAUGUGCUAACACAUGUCGCAUCCCACUGGAGACACCUACCCCUCUCCCACGGCACCAGAGUUAUGUCGCCUUUUCCCAUCUGAUCGACUGAGACCUGGAGGUUCCAACAUGCGUGGAAUAUUUGCUGAAACUUGAGCCCGACGGAUGAUUUCGUUUAAGGCAUGAUGCCGUUGAAUUUUCUAGUUGUUUUUGACAUAAAAAUUUUAUUUAUCUACAAAAACUUGCUUUUUGUGGUCAAGACAACGAAAAGUUGAAAUUUUGCGUACCAUUAAGUAAACGUACUAAUUUUCGUGAACAAAUUGAACACACAUUUCUACCCUCUGCCAAAUAUUAUUAUUCUUAAAUUGAUUAUGCAACUCGUAGGCUGCCUGGAAAAGAAUGGAGAUAAG